UAUCGGUAGUCCCCACCAUCGACCCUCGCCGCAUCUAGUAUAUUUAUCUAAGAUUACCUAAAGUGAACAAUUUUCAAUUAUUUUAUGUACUAAUUAAUAAAAAAUUGCUUUUAACUUCAGAUAAUUAAAAAUGAAUCCUAAAGCUCUAUUCAUUUUAAAAUGAACGCCUUGAUUGUUGCUUGCAAUCCCUUCUUUUUUCACACACCUUGGCAGACAUGUUUCCGCACUCUGACAUUUGUAGCACCAUUUCAAAAUAAAUUGUUGUGUACAAAAUAAAAAUAACAAGACCGGUGUGAUGUGAUGUGUGAAUAAAUAGAAAAACAUGCCUAGAAAAUAAAAUUUCAGUUAUGAAAAAAAAUUUUUUUUUCUUUUCUUAUAAUUUGGUUAAAAUAAUUAAACAGACAUAAUGAAACGUGCCUGUCCUUUUGAUUGUGACUUAGGUCGACAAUUAAAAGUUCACGUGGGUCAAAAGGAGGUUAAUAAUGGAGUUUUUAAGGAAAAACAAAUGCAAAAUGUUUAUGAUAAAACCAUGAAUUUGUUAAAAGAAGGGUCAAAAAUUCAAUCUUUAAAUACAUCUGAUAAUAAUUUGGACCUUGAAUUUAUUGCUCCCUUGCAAUCAAGCGGUAAAAUGGAAUCAGCAACGAAGUUAAAACAAAUGUUUCUCAACAAUAAUUUACAACUGCAAUCAAUCGGCGUUGAAAAUCGAGUAAACUUUCCAUUUAAAAAAUUUUUUUUCAGAAAGAAUGUUCCAGUUACUUUGUGUGGAUGUUGCCGCGUUAUUGACACCGAGUCAAAAUGUAAUGGAUGUGAUCAAAUUUUAUGCAAUUCUUGCCUCACAGAAUGUGCAAAUUGUGUAGGGGAUUUUUGCCAAAAUUGUUUACUACAAUCAUACGAUUCUGGAGAAAGAAGUCUCUGUCUGGAUUGUUAUCGUUAAUGUUUAAAGAUGCUGGAUAUCUUUGCACUAUAAUUAAUAUCUCGUUUCUUCAAACUAAUUAAAAUUUAAAAGCUACAUGUUCCUAUUAAUGUUUAAUGUUAUUUAUAUAAAAAGUAAAUUGUAUAUUUUUUCUAAA